CUGAAACUAAUACAUGUUGAUCUUUUUUUAUUAUUUUAUUUUUAUUUUAUUUUGAAAAGCGCAGAGCGGAAGUGUGCCCAGGUGUGUUGCAGCUGUUUUUCUCUCUGACUUCGGUUCAGUUCGUCAGUUUGGAGUUUUCGGGGACAGAGAGACAGACUGCAGGAAGAAAAAAUCCUGCAGGAGCUUCAUCAUCAUCAUCAUCAUCAUCAUCAUCUGUGAGUCAUGGCGGGAGCUCUCAGGAUGUCUGAAGCUCAGUACAUCAACGUCUACGAAAACGACCUGCAGAUGAAUCUGAUGCAGUACGAUUAUAUUCCUCCAGUGGACAUAAAGACCGAGCCGUCCUUCCCCGAGACAGCUCACGGUCCGUACAUCCAGAUCAUCGAGGAACCCAAACAGAGGGGCUUUCGUUUCCGUUAUGAGUGUGAGGGCCCGUCCCACGGGGGGCUCCCAGGGGCCUCCAGCGAGAAGAACCGGAGAACUUACCCGACUGUCAAAAUUAAUAACUACGUGGGUCACGCCCGGGUGGAGGUCCAGCUGGUGACGCACUCCGACCCUCCACGUGUCCACGCCCACAGCCUGGUGGGACGCCACUGCACCGAGAGCGGGACCUGCACCCUGGACGUAGGACCCAACGACCUCACCGCCUCGUUCAGUAACCUGGGGAUCCUCCACGUGACCAAGAAAGGAGUGAUGGAGGUCCUGAGCCGCAGACUGAGAGACGAGAGGAAGAGACAGAAAGGAGCUCACUGCCACCUGACAGACUCGGAGGAGAACUCGAUCCUGAAGGAGGCGAAGGAGCUGGGUAAGGUGAUGGACCUGAACAUCGUCCGGCUCAAGUUCACAGCGUUCCUGCAGGACAGUAACGGAGGAUUCACCAGGGGCCUGAAGCCCGUCGUCUCCAACCCCAUCUACGACAGCAAGUCCCCGAACGCCUCCAACCUGAAGAUCUCUCGGAUGGAUAAAACGUGCGGCUCGGUGCUCGGAGGAGACGAGAUCUUCCUGCUCUGUGACAAAGUCCAGAAAGACGACAUCGAGAUCCGGUUCUACGAGGAGGAAGACGACGGAGGCUGGGAGGCGUUUGGGGACUUCUCCCCCACAGACGUUCACAAACAGUACGCCAUCGUGUUCAAAACGCCGCCCUAUCACAGCGCAGAGAUCGAGCGGCCCGUCACCGUCUUCCUGCAGCUGAAGAGGAAGAAGGCCGGCGACAGCAGUGACCCCAAACAGUUCACCUACAUCCCACAGGUCCAAGACAAAGAGGAGGUGCUGAGGAAGAAACAGAAGCCGCUGCCGCACUAUGAACCCUGGAGAGGAGCAGGAGGAGGAGGGAGAGGAGGAGGAGCUGGGGGAUUCGGAGGAGGAGGAGCAGGAUUCCAGUUCAACCAGCAGAUGAAUGGAGGCGGAGGAGGAGGAGGAGGAGGAGGAACAGGAGGAGUGUUCUUCACAGGAGGCUUCACAGGCUUCAGCGGAGGGGGAGGGGCUCAGAUGUCAGGCUCCGCCCCUCAGACAGAGGUUACAGGAGGACAGACUGGAGGACAGACUGGAGGACAGACUGGAGGACAGACAGGAGGACAGACAGGAGGACAGACUGGCUCACCACUACAGCAGCAGCUGUUUCAGAUUGCUGCUGCUCUCCAGAGCCGAGCCUCUCAGAGCGCCAGACAGACUGCCGCCGCCCUGCUGCAGUACUGCAGCACCGGGGACGCCCGAGUCCUCCUGGCACUUCAGAGACACCUCUGUGGCGUCCAGGACGGCAACGGAGACACUCCUUUGCACCUGGCCAUCAUCCAUCAGCAGACCGGAGUGAUCCAGCAGCUGAUCCACACUCUGCUCAGCAGCCAGCAGCAACACAUCCUCAGCACAGCCAACCACCUGCGACAGACUCCUCUCCACCUGGCGGUGAUCACGCGGCAGGUGAAGGUGGUGGAGGUGCUGCUGAGGGCGGGGGCCGACCCCGGCCUGCUGGACAGAGACGGCCGCAGUCCGCUCCACCUGGCGGCGCUCGCCGGAGACAACGCCACGCUGCGGCCCAUGCUGGCUCACCUGGGAGAACGCCACGCCCACCUGGUCAACACGCCGGACUACCACGGUCUCCACCCGCUCCACCUGGCGGUGAGGAGGGACGGCGAGCGUUGUCUCCGCCUCCUGGUGGAGGGCGGAGCCAAAAUCAACGCACCUGAGCAGAAGAGUGGAAACACGGCGCUGCACCUGGCCGUGAGGGAAAACCUGUUCAAGGUCGCCUGCACACUCAUCACAGAGCUGAAGGCGGACGUGAACGCGUGCACGUUUGGAGGGAACACGCCGCUGCACCUGGCGUCCAGCCUCGGCUCGCCGACCCUCUGCUCCAUGCUCGUCGCUGCAGGUGCUGAUAAAAACGUGGAGAACGACGAGCCGCUCUUCUUCAGCUCCUCCUCCUCCUCCGAUGACGAGGAAGACGAACCAAUCAGAGAGCAGGACACCGCCUCGCAGCCAAUCAACCCUCGCAAGAGGCGUGCAGGAGGCCACACCCCCCUCGACCUCGCCAAGUGCCAGAAGGUGAGGAACCUGUUGAACUCGAGUCCGAAGUCGAGUCGUCGCAGCAGUAAGAAGCUGAAGCCGAGCAGCAGCAGCGAAGUGGCGGAGGGUUCGGGUCUGGACGAGGACACGUUGUCCCGGCUGGUGGACGUCCUCAGUGUGGGAGACGUCCCCUGGAAGAAGCUGGCGGAGAAGCUGGGCAUGAUGACGCUGACUCACCUUUACCUGGACAGCCCCACGCCCUGCCACCACCUGCUGCAGCACUACCAGCUGGGUGGAGGUCCAGUUGAAGGUCUGGUUGAAGCUCUUCAGUCUCUCGGUCUGACAGAAGGAGUCCGCCUGCUGAGGAACACGGAGCUGCAAGACGACAAACACAGCACAGACGCGGUCGACAGCGGCUUCGGCAGCCAGCCAAUGGAAGAAGAGGAGGAGGAACCGCCUGUGGCCAAUCAGUUCCUGCAGUAACUUGGACUCUCCAGGAACCUGGACUCUAUAGGAACCAUCUGAACUCUGCCAGAACCACCUGAACUCUGCAGGAACCAUCUGAACACUGCAGGAACCACAUGGACUCUGCAGGAACCAUCUGAACUCUAGAGGAACCAUCUGGACUAUACAGGAAAUAUCUGAACUCUGCAGGAACCAUCUGGACUCUGCCAGAACCAUCUGAACUCUGCAGGAACCACUUGGACUCUGCAUGAACCAUCUGAACUCUAGAGGAACCAUCUGAACUCUGCAGGAACCACAUGGACUCUGCAGGAACCAUCUGGACUCUGCCAGAACCAUCUGGACUCUGCAGGAACCACCUGGACUCUUUAGUGCGCAGAGACUCUGAUGGUUCUUCAUCAAACCAAAAAAUUUGAUAAUUUUACCCCCUAAAAAUUUCAAUAAAUGAAUUUAAGUUUUAAACUAAAAACAAAGUUCAGUUUUCAACCUGGUUACAUUUUGUUAUUAAUUUAUAUUUAGUUUUCGUGUAUUGUUGUUCAUUAAAUGUAGUUUUUGGCUGUGAGGUGUUCAAUGUCUGACGGACGAUCUGAGUCCGUGAAUUUCGCCUUGAAACUCCUUAAAGUUCUGCUCCAGGACUUUUCUCUGAUUGUUAAUGAAUGAUUGUUGAACAUUUAAUUCUGGAUUAAAGAUCAGCUGGAGGUGUC